AUGAACAUCUGGGCAUGUGGGUGACGGGGUGCAAUAGAGAAGUCAAACUCUUGGAACAGCUCAGCACAUUUCCUGUGUUUUGAGCUUUAACUUUUCUCCCCCACUCUCUCUCUCUUUCUCUGCCUCCCUCUUUCUUUUCUUUUCUCUCCAUGUUGUGCCGCUUGUCUUAAUGGUCUGGCAAAGGGACACACUCUAACUCCUCUCUUUUGUCCCUCUUAUCUCCUUCUCUAUUUGUGCCUUUUGUUCUGUGCCACAGUGGUCUCCGUCGCUCCCUUUGUGUUUGGGGGGAAUCCAGCUUGUGACCUCGCACACAGUGGGGGUGUGCCGACAGGAUUCUCCCGCACUGAGCGCGUGCAAGCACACAGGAGAGGGGAGCAGGCCAAGAGGACGACUCGCACACAGCUGCAGCACUUAAGUGGGGUCAGCUUGGUCAACCUCUUGUGCCCUGCUGCGUUUACAUCUGAAGUGAAGUGAGGGGUAAAACAUUUACCAAGAUGGCUGCCACUAUACUCACUGUUUGAUCAUGACUAUCAGAUCAUAGAGGGAGUUUUCCUGAGAUGAGUAGCUGAAACCAGGACUACAGUAACAGGCCAAGGGACUAAAGUUACUGGGCACUGGACUUAACCCACUGUUGCCUAAACUGGGAAGUGCAACAGAAUAGAGGACUUCGUCAAGUCUAAAUAGUUGUCCAGAAGACUCUGAAAGAAAUGGAGGUGGUCAGCUAUCAACAGGUGUUGUUUAUACUAGUAGCCAUCUUGGACUAUGCAAGAGCUGAGAGUCUGGUGCGACUGAAUCUGGGCCUGGAGGUCACUAGAGGCCAGUCUGUGUUUGUGACGGAUAAAGAGUUACAGCUGAAGGCCACAGGGGAGACAGACGCCUGCAAGGUUGAGGUGAUUCUUAAUGAACCUGUCACUCAGAGGGUGGGCAAGCUCACCCCUCAGGUAUUUGAUUGCCGGUUUCUACCUGAUGAAGUGAUGUACACACACAAUGGCAGCCCGUUACUAGAAGAAGAUACUGUCAUGUUGAGAGUCUACAGCUUCACAGAUACUGAUACGUAUAUUGAGACAUUCCUACUUAGAGUUAGGAUUAAGGAGAGCAGCAGCAAACUCGUGGAGUUUGGUAAUGUUCCCCUUGUGGUUCAGGAGUUCUACGGCCUCUCCAACGCCCUAGACAGCAGAGUGUUGACCUUUCCAACUCGCCCAGAGGUUGUUUGCACAGUGCGACUUUUGACCUCUGAGACUAAUGCUCCAAUGCUGGGGCAACUGGUCAAAGAGGAUCCUACCCAAGCAGACCAAGGAGAGGCUCUAAAUGCUGGACCACGAAAAGGUAGACAAGCCAGCCUCUCUUGCCCCGGAAACAGACCAUGUCUCCAUGGCAACAGGGAGGUACGCUUUCUGAAGAUUACCUGCACUGAGUUCCUGACUUCACGUCUAAAGUACCAACAUCUGAGUCCACCCUCACCAGAGAUCGAUUACAUUCCCAUCAGGGUAGAACUGAGAGACAAAACCUCUCGGGCUCUGUUAGAGGCAGAAAGCGUGUGGCUGCCCGUCUUGAUCCAUGGUGCAAUGGCCAACCACCCUCCAAAUGCAGCCUUCAUGUCCAUGUUCAUAUUGGAGGUGGACCAGUUCAUCCUCACUCCCAUGACCACUGCCGCUUUGGACGCCAAGGACCAUGAGACGCCCCAGGCUCGGCUGGUCUUCAACGUGACAAAACCCCCUGCAGAUGGCUACAUAACCCACCUGGAUGACCACACCAAGACAGUUGGCUCCUUCUCUUGGCAGGACCUAAACGAGAUGAAGAUUGCCUAUCAGCCACCCAAUAGCAGUGUCAGUGGCCGCAGGAACUAUGAGGUUGAAUUUGAGGCCAUUGAUGAUUCCUUUGGCACCAGUUCCCCAAUCAUGGUUCAUUUUUCAAUCCGUGCAGCAGAAACAAAUGCUCCUCGAGUCUCCUGGAACAUGGGGUUGGAUCUGCUAGAGGGUCAGUCUCGGCCAAUCGCCUGGGAGAACCUGCAGAUUGUGGAUAAUGACAAUAUCAAAGCAGUCACUCUGGUAGCUGUGGAUGGGCCUCAUCAUGGCAAACUCAGUGUCCGAGGUGGGAAAGGCUUCAUGUUUAAAGUUCAGGAUCUUCGUGAGGGUGUGGUGGUGUACCAACACUCCGACAGUGACACCACCCGAGACUACAUCAUCUUCCGCAUCACUGAUGGUCGUCAUAGCACUCGCCAUAAGUUCCCCAUCAACAUAUUGCCAAAAGAUGACACACCUCCCUUUCUUAUAAACAAUGUGGCCUUUGAGGUACAGGAAGGAGGGCUGGUGCGUGUGGAAGAGUACAUGCUCUUGGCCUCAGAUCUGGACUCCAGUGAUGACUACAUCCUGUACCAGCUGGUCACUCAGCCAUGUGCUGGGGAGGUGGUGAAAAAGACCUCCGUGUACGAUGCAGGAGUCCCUGUUAGCAGCUUCCUGCAGAGGGACCUGUUUCAGGGCCUGAUCUACUACAGGCACUCAGGGGAGGAGGUGUUUGAGGACUCGUUUGAGUUCAUUCUCUCUGACAGUCAUCAGCCUCCCAACCUCUCGGAUCGACAGACAGUGGUGGUCCACGUGUUCCCUGUUAAAGACCAGCUGCCUGUGGAAAUGUCGGGAACGGUGCACUUUAUCACUGUGAAGGAGACAGAGGUGGUUUACCUCACACAGAAUCACCUCCACUUUAGGGACCCAGAAAACAGGGACACAGACCUUGCCUACUUUAUUACACAACCCUGUUUCAGUCUCAACAAGCCUGGCAUGCCAGAUGCAGGAAGAUUAUUCUUCACAGAUACCACCCAUACCAUGAAAAAGGAUUAUAUGGUGCCAGUGCUCAAGUCAUUCACACAGAAUGCGGUAAAUCACCAUAAAGUGGGGUACAUGCCUCCGAUUGAGGACAUCGGGCUGGAGCCUCUCUACGUGCAGUUUGUCUUCUCUGUCAGUGAUCAACAUGGAGGCACUCUCAGUGGCCUCGUCUUCAACAUCACUGUCUUACCGGUGGACAACCAGAAACCAGAGAUGUUCACCAACCUGCUGCGAGUGGAGGAGGGUGGAGCUGUGUUCCUUACGGAGGAACACCUGUUGAUACGGGAUGUGGAUACCCUUCCUGAGGGUCUGAGAGUGAGGCUGGAUACUCCUCCACAGCACGGGAGGCUGGAGCUACAGGGGUCCCCUCUCCCAGAGGGCCACAGCUUCUCCCUGCUGGACAUCCGAGCUCUGCGAGUCAGGUACAUCCAUGAUGAUUCUGAGACUUUGAAGGACAGUUUAAGCCUUACAGUUACAGAUGGCACCAGCUCUGCCCAGACUGAGCUUUUAGUACAGGUCAUGCCUGUGAACGAUGAGCCCCCACAGCUGGGUCCAGGGCUGCGUGCUGGCCUGUCCUGUGCAGAAGGUGGCCGUGUGCAGAUUACGGUGGAGUAUCUGUUUGCGACAGAUGCAGACAGCGAUGACGCGCGCCUCACCUACAUGCUGGCUAGAGCCCCCACCCAUGGAGAAAUACACAGAGGAGGGAGCCCUGUAGACAAAUUCUCCCAGCAAGACCUCCUACAAGGAAUUAUCUACUAUGUACACACAGGGGGAGAAGUUGGACCCCACUCAGUUUCAGAUUCUGUGACACUUAUAGUGUCUGAUGGAGAAGCAGGAGGACAGGACGUCUGUUGCCAAGGAGAUGUCAUGCCCCCGCCUGUCCCUUUGCAUGGCACCCUCCCUGUUUAUGACCUUAAUAUUACAGUGACCCCAGUUAAUGACAAACCUCCAUCGGUGACCAUAGGUGAUAUGUUUGUAGUAGACGAGGGCUCCUUUGCCUGUCUGUGUCAUGGGGUUCUGGGAGCUGUGGAUCCUGACACAAACCCCAAUGAACUUAUCUUCCAUCUUAAAACACCUCCUCAAAAUGGCUUCCUUGAGAACACCCUACCCUCCCCUGGGUUUGAGAAGAGCAAUGCUGGAAUUAAAGUGGUGUCUUUCAGUCUUCUUCACCUCAACUCUGGCUUCAUCAACUACGUCCAGGCAGGACACCAGGGCCAGGAGCCCACAGCUGACCAUUUUGUGGUGAGCGUCACUGAUGGGGUCCACAAGUCCACCGCUGUGCCAUUCUACAUCAUUAUCAACCCCACAAACGAUGAGCCUCCGACUCUUCUUCUCAACAGUUUUACUGUGACAGAGGGAGGCAUGAAAGAGCUGACAGCGGCCAUCUUGGAUGCAGUGGACCUGGACGCCCCUCCUGACAUCCUGACCCUGACUGUCACAAGGCCUCCCAAGCAUGGCACCCUAAUCAAUGGCAUCUACGGCCUCCAGAUGACCCGCUAUAAGGACAUGGGCCAGGAGCUGCUGCGCCGCAGCCUGCCUGCCCACAACUUCACCCUCAGAGAGCUCCGAGAAGGGAUGAAGAUCGUGUACAUGCACGAUGACACGGAAACCCUUCAGGACGCCUUCACCAUACAGCUGACAGAUGGCAAGCACGCAGUCCAGGGGACAGCCCAGGUCCACAUCCUACCAGUCAAUGAUGAAAAGCCACGGCUGCUAAAAAACUCAGGUAUGGACAUGGAGGCUAAUAGUCAUAGGGUCAUCUCCAGUGUGACGCUUGAGGCUGUGGAUCAGGACACCCCAAAUCAUAAACUCUACUACAUCCUCAAUGCUGGACCCAAGUUUGGCAUACUACAGCUGAAGACACAGAGAGGAUGGCUGGACCUUACUCCAGGACAGAACUUCACUCAGGAGGAUGUGGAGCUGAACCAACUGUGGUACAAACACACCACCCUCACUGGGUUCAAAGGUCACGAUCGCUUUGUGUUCUACCUGAGUGAUGUGGACAACCCUUCACCCCCUGAAAGCUUCUUCAUCUCAGUACACGCUCCCCAGAAAGGUGACAUUGCUUUGGUCACUAAGCCUGUGGAGUUGAUGGAGGGUGAAAGGGUCAUCCUAACCACAGAUCACCUGCUAGCCUCAGACAGCGGCAGCUCAUCAGAGGAGCUGGUUUACGCAGUGUCAGUGCCACCCAAGCACGGCCACCUCCACGCAGUGCAGCACCCAGGGAUGCCACUGACCUCCUUCACCCAGAUGGACGUGGCAGCACACCGGGUCUGCUACACCCAUGACAACAGCCACACUGAGGACCAGGACCACUUCAGCUUUGUCAUCACCAAUGGCGUGUCCUCUAGGACCGGCUCCUUGAUGUUUCUGAUAGAUCACAGUGACCGCAUUCCCCCGACUCUGGCCACCAACACAGGCCUACAUGUCACAGAGGGGGGUUCCCAGACCCUCUCCUCUGAAAACCUGCUGCUGAUGGACCCUGAUACAGCCCUGGAGAACCUGACCUACACGGUCACUCAAAUGCCCCAGUACGGCCAUCUGCUCCUAAGGGGUUCCCCUUUAACAUUAUCCCAGAACUGCUUCACUCAGGUCAACAUCAACAACAUGGACCUGGUCUACAAGCACCUGGCUGGGCCAGCCCACAUAGAUCAGUUCAGCUUCCUUCCCUCCGACAGGACCAACAGAGGCUACCUGGAGUAUGGCCAGCUGAAGGAAGUACCUGUGGUCUUCACCAUACAGGUGGAGCAGCUAGACAAGACCCCACCGAGUCUGGUUUCCAAGGGAACACCCAGCACCGUGGAGACUCUUCAGGAGGGCCAGCAUGUCAUCUACAUCACCUCUAAGGACCUCCAGGUGUCUGACCCUGACAGCCCAGUCCAAGAGCUAGAGUUCACUAUUGUUCGGCCCCCACAUUUUGGACACUUGGAGAAUGCUCAUACAGGGGGGUAUAUCAAAGGCCGCUUCACCCAGAAAGACCUGGAUCAGAAGGCGAUACGUUACGUCAUUCCAGCUGACAUGGAGGUGACGGCAGACAGUUUUGAGUUCCGUGUAACUGACCCAGCAGGAAACACCAUGCUGCCUGAAGUGUUGGAGAUGAGAUGGUCACGUGUAGAGCUGUCUGCCACAUGUUACCGAGUCUGUGAAAAUGCAGGCACUCUGGCCAUACAGGUGGCACGGAGCGGAAACAGCAUAGACCCUGCUUACGUCACAAUACAGGUUGAGGAGGAUACUGCUAAAAUGGGGAAGGAUUUCACACAUAGCACUGCUACACUCAUCCAGUUUGAUCCAGGUGUAAAUAUAAAAACAUGGAACAUAUACCUGAAAGAUGAUGGACUUGAGGAGAACCAUGAGAAGUUUGAUGUGAUUCUAAAAGCGCAAAAAAAUGCUGUUCUGGGUCCAAUGGACAGAGCCAGUGUAGAGAUCAUUGACCCAAGAGGAGGUAAGUGUGACCCAGCUGAUCUUAUAGAUGAGACUAAAGACCAACUGCCUGUAAAAGUGCCGCCUAGUGGCCAUCAACCCCAGACUGUGCCAAAGAAAGAACACAACCAGGAUCCCCACACUGGGACUGUAUGGGAAGGCCGCCCUCCAAGGGGUGAUGUCCCAAAUCAUGGGCAUUUCCUUGAUUAUUCUGAGGGGGGAGCACAGGACCAAGCCUAUCAUGGACAAGGCAAGAGGUUACUGGUGGAAAGAAACAGCCACAAAAUCCACGGGGUUAUCCCCUUAAGGCUGGUGGAGGAGAGAGUUGUGAGCUCUGAUCAGAUUCCGCCUGUCCAUCCAGACGUGGAGAUCACCCCCAUCUGGUCCUGGACUGGUCACCUGCUCAGUGAGCACAAACCGGGAGAGGUCCCCUUGGGAGAUGCUCCUCCUAAUACUUCUGACAUGAGGAAACGUCAACGCCAGCGAAAGUCGAGUAAGGCACUAAGUCUGGACUGUCCCUCUGGCUGGACUCACUACAGGAAACGCUGUUACAUCCUGAGCACAGGAGUGGCCACCUGGAGCAGUGCCCAGCAUGCCUGCUCUCUGCUACGCCACAGCCAGUUAGCUGGUAUUCACUCCACGACUGACAUGAAGUGGAUGUGGAGAUUUGCUGGAAAACAACCAUUUUGGACAGGGCUGACUGGAUCCAUGGGGCAUUGGAUGUGGACAGAUGGCAAGCCAGUGUUGUUCUCCAAACUCCAGAUAAACAGAGAUUCCAGUUCUGACCCCAGCUGUGUGCUGGCUGAAUCCCAGAGAAAAUGGACUCCAAAAAAUUGCACUACGGGAGACGAGUACAAAUAUAUCUGUUCAGCCGCGGCUCAAAACAUCUGAAGGAAACUUUGUAGCCAUAUGUGUGGAGGAUUUAUUGUGGAAAUUCAAAUGUCAAAUGCUUAAUAGCAAUGUCUUAACCUAUUUGUGAAAGAAAACCAGCCUAAGCUGGUUUCCUAAAGGUUUGACCCUUUAACUCUGUAUCAAUCUGUAAACAUCAUCGCAAAAUCUGUUUACUUGUGUAAAACCAGCACCAGCAAAUUUGAGGCCUAGACACAAUAAAGUAAAACAAAUUGCU